AUGAGUUCAAUAGAACUCGGGAGGUUGCAUAUCUAUGUGACACCUGAAAAUUGGGAAGAAUGGAGUCCUCAAUGGAAACGCUUGAUAUAUCGUAACCAGUAUGAAUCAAUCUUCAAGCAUUCCAUGGAAACAAAACCGUUUCAGUGCCUUAUGAACUUAUCCGGGGUUAUGAAAUGUGUUCCUCUUUCCCACAUGGGAAUCAACGAACAUAAACUGAGCAACAAAGCUUCCUUUGCCAUCACUACUCUUACCUCCUCUUCCCUUUUGAACGUCAGUCUUCAAUUUCGUAGUCAUACGAUUCCCCAUGUAGUAGGUGAAGCUGAGAUUUCUCUGGAUGAAGCUUUGACUGAGGGACUCCAAGAAACGAUCUUGCCGCUUACAUUGCGUACAGAGCAAGUAGAAGCUUACGUUCGUGUAAAUUUAGUUUAUGUAAAAAAUACUCGAAAAAAAGAAAGAAAAAAACGGGUCCCUUCUUCUUUUCAACGAUACUCCAAUCGGCAUAAUUUCGGUCAUCCUGCUCGUGCGUAUUCAGCAACUAGCCUUAAGACACUUCCGAUACCACAGAAGCAGGUUAAUCUGCUGCCAUAUGACGAGGAACACGAAUUACAAAACCAAGGAUACCGUCCAGUUCAUUUUGUAUUUAUGACUACACCGUUCUCUCCGUCUUCCUUUGAUGUUCCUAAGUCUUUGAAAGCAUAG